AUUCACCCCUAAAAUAGUUUGCCUCCUCGUACACCUAAUACGCGCGCCCAAGAUUCAUCGCAGAUCCGAUGGAUCCGGUUGCUCCCCCGAGGCCCCGAUUAUCGUCAUCCGUUGAUUUCUCACCCGAGGUCCCGAACAGAUAAACUCAACUCGACUGCCGCCGCCGCAGGCACACGGGAUCCUGACUGAGGUAGGUUGUUGCCAUUUUUGUUCCCUCACCCAGUCCGUCUCACCACUUCAAAAACCCUCUCCUCUCUCAUCCGCCUUCCUGGCGAUUGCGGCGACGAGGUGACGAUAGAGCUGCCCCCGCAAGGAAAACGGACAAGAGAGGCGGAGGCUGAUAGGGAGAGGAGACGGAGGACCAAGAGCGGCGUCGAUCUAAAAGCGUUGGCGGCGGCCAUGGCCACCGCGGACCGGACCCGGACUUUCAUGAAGGACGUCAAACGCGUCAUCAUCAAGGUGGGCACUGCAGUCGUCACGAGGGGUGAUGAUGGGCGACUGGCUGUGGGCCGGUUGGGGUGUCUUUGUGAGCAGGUAAAAGAGCUGAAUGUCUUAGGAUACGAGGUGAUCCUUGUGACCUCAGGUGCUGUUGGUGUGGGGAAGCAGAGGCUCAAGUACAGGAAGCUUGUCAAUAGCAGCUUUGCUGAUCUGCAAAAGCCACAGAUGGAGCUGGAUGGAAAGGCUUGCGCUGCUGUUGGUCAGAGUGGCCUCAUGGCUCUUUAUGAUAUGCUAUUUACCCAACUUGAUGUGUCCUCCUCGCAACUUCUUGUGACAGAUAGUGAUUUUGAGAAUCCAAACUUUCGGGAGAGGCUCUGUGAAACUGUUGAGUCACUAUUAGACCUUAAAGUUGUACCAAUAUUUAAUGAAAAUGAUGCCAUCAGCACUAGAAAGGCUCCAUAUGAGGAUUCAUCUGGUAUAUUCUGGGAUAAUGACAGUUUAGCUGGUCUUUUGGCUAUUGAACUUAAAGCAGAUCUCCUUGUUCUACUAAGUGAUGUAGAUGGUCUAUACAGCGGUCCACCAAGCGAACCGGGAUCAAAGAUCAUUCAUACCUACAUUAAAGAUAAACAUUACAGUGGAAUAACUUUUGGGGAUAAGUCACGUGUAGGUAGAGGAGGAAUGACAGCUAAAGUGAAGGCUGCUUUUGUGGCUUCGAACAGUGGCACACCUGUUGUUAUUACAAGUGGAUUUGCAUCUCAGAGCAUUGUUAGAGUUCUCCAAGGAGAGAAGAUUGGUACUCUCUUCCAUAAGGAUGCAAGUCUGUGGGAGCCAUCCAAGGAUGUUAGUGCUCGUGAGAUGGCUGUUGCUGCAAGAGAAUGUUCAAGGCGUCUGCAGAAUUUAUCAUCGGAUGAACGCAAGAAAAUAUUGUUAGACAUUGCAGAUGCUUUGGAACAAAAUGAGGAUCUAAUUAGAACUGAAAAUGAAGCUGAUGUAUCUGCAGCACAAGAUGCUGGAUAUCAGAAAUCUUUGGUUGAUAGAUUGACAUUGAAGCCAGAAAAGAUAGCAAGCCUUGCGAAAUCCAUACGCACUCUUGCAAAUAUGGAAGACCCAAUCAACCAGAUACUCAAAAGAACAGAGGUUGCUGAAGACUUAGUGCUCGAAAAAACAUCUUGCCCUCUGGGUGUGCUGUUGAUUGUUUUUGAGUCCAGGCCUGAUGCCUUAGUCCAGAUUGCGUCUUUAGCAGUUCGAAGUGGCAAUGGUCUUCUCCUGAAAGGUGGAAAAGAAGCCAUGAGAUCGAACACAGUAUUACAUAAGGUUAUAACUGGCGCAAUUCCUGACAACGUGGGUCAAAAACUUAUUGGCCUUGUUACAAGUAGAGAUGAAAUCGCUGAUUUACUAAAGCUUGAUGAUGUCAUUGAUCUUGUCAUUCCAAGAGGCAGCAAUAAGCUGGUUUCGCAAAUCAAAGCAUCAACUAAGAUACCUGUCCUCGGUCAUGCGGAUGGUAUUUGUCAUGUAUACAUUGACAAAUCAGCUGACAUGAAUAUGGCAAAACGAAUAGUGAUGGAUGCCAAAACUGAUUACCCAGCAGCCUGCAAUGCUAUGGAGACAUUGCUUGUUCAUAAAGACCUUAUAAAGGCUCCAGGUCUUGAUGAUAUACUCCUAUCACUCAAAACAGAAGGAGUUGCUAUUUAUGGAGGGCCUGUUGCACAUGAAGUACUGUGUAUUCCGAAAGCAGAUUCAUUCCAUCAUGAAUAUAGCUCUAUGGCCUGCACAAUUGAGUUCGUUGAUGAUGUACAGUCAGCAAUUAACCAUAUACAUCGUUAUGGAAGUGCACAUACAGAUUGCAUUAUCACCACAGAUGAUAAAGUAGCAGAAACUUUUCUGCGUCAAGUUGAUAGUGCUGCUGUAUUUCAUAAUGCGAGUACACGAUUCUCUGAUGGGGCUCGUUUUGGAUUGGGUGCCGAGGUUGGCAUAAGCACAGGGCGUAUACAUGCUCGCGGGCCUGUGGGUGUUGAAGGUCUCUUAACAACACGCUGGAUCAUGCGAGGAAGUGGGCAAGUGGUGAAUGGUGACAAGAAUGUUGCAUACACCCAUAAGAACCUUCCCUUACAAUGAGGCAAGCUGUUUUUGUGCUUGAUCAGGAUUCGUGUCUAUCCAGUGAUGUUUGAUAGUUUCAUCAGGCAGGAGCAUAGAAUGGUGAAUCUUUUCGAUUGAGGACUGUGAAUCCAUGGAUGUUCAGUCAUUGUUUGUGUAGACAUUGUGGUGAGCUUGGAGGCCACCCCACCUCCCCAAUAAAGCAGUGCUGGGAGUAAUAGAGCACUGAUGUACUGAGGGUGCCUAGGUUAAACAAGAGGAACCGGUUAUAUUUGUUUUGCGGUCGAACACAAACAAUUUUUGUUGGUGACUUGUUUCUUAUGAUUCUACAUAUUUCAAGGUUUAUGUGCUGUCC